AGGUACCUGUACAGACUUUGACGUAGGUCUUUCUUCUUGCCUUCGUCUGUGUACUCUUCUUUCUUUCCCUAUCGCAUCGCAAUAAGUGCUCUUUAUCUGCUAUCACGAGGCCCGCGGAGAGAUAGCCCAAGGCUUGGAGUGAUUCAUCAUGCAGUCGUACCUUCAAUAUCGCAGAUUUCGCCACGGAUUGGAAGCCCAGAUCGAAACAGAUCGCAACCGCACACGCGCAGUCGACCGAGCAAAUCAAGAUCUACCACCCAUUGAUACCUCACGAGCGAGCGAUGUCGAAAAAGACGUCGAAAGAGGGGCUUCGGACGCAUCGAGCGGACAACACACAGCAGUUGAUGAGGGGGUAACAACAAGAGACCAAAGACAAAAGAGAACAGAAGAGGAGGAAGAGAAGUACGAUAUAGGCGCAGAUGAUGAGCCUAGAGAUCCUGGACAGGAGAGAGAAUGCUUGCCUCCACACGACCCGCAAGCCCAACAAUCUCAAGCAUCCGGUGCUGAUCUCUCACGCUUAUCUACCACUAAAAGUGGACGUUCCGGUUUGAGUAGAUCUGGCACAGCACUUGGUCGUAUCCUCACAGGCAUCAAGGUACGCAAGAGAGAGGAACAUGAAGGUGGUGAAGGCAAUGUCUUCAUUGUUGAUUACCACGGCGAGACGGAUCAGAUGAAUCCCCACAACUGGGGCUGGGGUAUCAGACUAUGGAUCACGUUCAUGGUUGCCAGCAUUGGCUUCGUUGUUGGUGUGGCUUCGUCAAUCGAUUCGGUUGCCAUUCAACCUGCCAGUCAGGAGUUUGGUAUCUCUGAGGUCGCUGAGAGUUUGGCUACAGGUCUGUACCUCAUAGGCUUCGGUGCAGGCGCUCUCUUCGCUGGUCCUUUCUCAGAGACAUUGGGCAGAAACCCAAUUUACAUCGUUACCCUGGCAAUAUACAUGGCAUUCCUUGCUGGAGCUGGUGCAUCACAGACGUACUCGCAGCAAUUCGCUACCAGAUUCUUCGCCGGUUUCUUCGGAAGCACACCUCUUACGUGUGCUGGUGGCUCCUUGUCUGACAUCUGGAAUGCGAGCGAGAGAACAUUGAUGUUUCCUAUAUUCGCCAACGCUGCUUUCUUGGGCCCUAUCCUAGGACCUGUCAUUGGUGGAUAUAUCGUACAGAGCUCUUUGAUCUCCUGGAGAUGGACUGAAUGGAUUACCAUCAUCAUGUCUGGCCUCGUCUUGAUCCUUGUCUUCUUCACCCUUCCUGAGACCUUUCCUCCUAUUCUCUUGAAAUGGAAGGCUGCCCAUCUACGCGCCAUUACAGGCGAUGAACGCUACAGAGCCGAAGUUGAAGUUCGCAUGGAUCCAUUCCUGACUCGUCUUGGACGCGCAUGCUACCGACCCUUCCUUCUCACCUUCUCAGAGCCCAUCAUCGUCUUGAUCGCUUUAUACAUGACAGUCAUCUACAUCAUCCUCUUUACCUUCCUCGACGGCUACGAUUUCAUCUUUGGCGAAAUCCAUGGAGUCAGCAUCGGCGUCCAAGGCUUGUGUUUCUUAGGCAUCGCAAUCGGUCUCUUCCUCGCCACGCCUUUAGUCUUUGUCAUCCGCCGCAAAGCAGCAAAAGCAAUGGAAAAAGCCUCUGCCAAUGGAAAGGAUAAACUACAACCAGAGUUCCGCCUAUGGUUCGCAAUGUUCGGAGCGCCCGCCGUACCAAUCUCCCUUUUCUGGAUGGGCUGGACGUCAUACCCCAACAUUUCCAUCUGGUCCCCUCUCGCCGCCUCCGUCCUUUUCGGCUACGGUAUCCUCUGCAUCUUCAUCAGCAGUUAUCAGUACAUCAUUGAUGCUUAUGAGAUUUACGCCGCUUCUGCAUUGGCGUCUAUUACACUUAUCAGAUAUGUGGCUGCUGGUGGUAUGACUGUUGUGGGAGUGCCGUUCUAUCAGAAUUUGGGAGUGCAUUAUACGUGUACGAUUUUGGGGUGUAUUAGUGCUGUUAUGGUACCCGUGCCUUAUAUAUUCUAUCUGUAUGGGCAUAAAAUUAGGGCGAGGAGCAAGUAUGCUCCUUCUGAUUAAAUGCGGGAGAAGGUUGUUCACCAAAGGGG